CUUUCUCGCGCACGUACCGCUUGCCGUAGGCGCGGUGGAAGACAGUGGAAGCGGCGGGAGAGCGGUAGUCAUAGCUAUCUUCUCAAAUGUAAUGAUAGCGAACAUUAAUGUUAGUUAAACAUUAAGUUAGUAGUGCGUAUUUAUUCGUAUGCUUAGGGCUUAAGUUUGGUAAAAUCAAAGGUGUUUGGCAAAUAAGGAUACUACUGGUGACUCUGUUACCACCGGUGUCGUUGUAGUGUUGUUUUUUAAGCAUUUCCCGGGAAUCUGGUUUUGAACGUUUGUUUUUGGUUAGCCAGUUUAGCGCUGCACCAACAACAAUGGCGAAGGUACAGGUGCUAAAUGUGGCUGUACUAGAUAACCCGAGUCGCUUUGGAAACCCUUUUCAGUUUGAAAUAACGUUUGAAUGUAUGGAGGACCUUCCCGAAGAUCUGGAAUGGAAGAUCAUCUAUGUUGGCUCAGCAGAAAGUGAAGAGUAUGACCAAGUCCUUGACUCCGUCUUGGUUGGCCCAGUACCUGCUGGGAGACAUAUGUUUGUGUUUCAGGCCGAUGCCCCAAACACUGGAUUGAUUCCUGAAAGUGAUGCUGUUGGUGUGACUGUAGUGCUGAUUACCUGCACAUACCGUGGCCAGGAGUUCAUACGCAUUGGUUACUAUGUGAACAAUGAAUACACAGAACCCGAGCUUCGUGAAAAUCCACCAAUCAAGCCAGACUACACACAGCUACAGAGAAAUAUUCUGGCAUCAAACCCCCGUGUGACCAGAUUUCAUAUAAACUGGGAAGGCAGUGCAGAGCGAAUGGAGGACUGUGAAAAUGUGGAUCCCACGUCAAACUCCAAGCUCCCUCCAUCCUGUCUCCCGGGAAAGGCCCCCCCUUUAGGGAUACUUCCAGAUAACUCUAUGGACUGCUUAUAGAGACGGCCCAAGCAAACAGGGGGAUGAGUCACAGCUCAAAACUUUAUUUUUGAAGAAUGCCUGUGGACAUUUUAGUGGAUGUACAGACAUCUUUGCCUUACAGCUACCCUUAUUUACCUGAAGAUCUUGGGCUUCAGAUGACUGUUUGUUUCAAGGAAGAUUAUGAACGUCUCACUGGUAUGAUCAUCACUUACAGGUGGGGAUUUCCUUGCCAUGAUGUUAAAAGCAAUAUUGAAGUAGUUUAACUCGUGGGAAGGUAACUGAAAUAAUGCAGCUGAACUGAAUCGGCACAGAAAGCUGAUGUAUGAUUGAUUCACCUUCCUUCCUUUUGUUGGUGCAGAACUAAUUUGUACCCAUUUAAGAGGAUUUCAGCACUGCAGCAACAGGCAACUAAAUU